UUUUUUUUUUUUUUUUAGCUGAAAGGUAGCUUUGAUCAUAAAUUCCCGGUAUCCAUGGCGGUUUCUUGCUAAAAGCUCGACUUUCCCAGGCUUUGAUUAAGACUCAAGAAGCAGGGGAGCUUUGAAAAUGGCGGAAAAUGGAGCAAAUCUUCCAUCUCCAGCGGACAAGAACAAAAGACCCACUUCAUUUCCGAGGUUGUUGACCGGAUUUGCUACCUUAAAAGUUUUCACCGAUGCUAAUGAGGCGGUAAUGAGCCCGACCUCCAUACUUGACAGCAAGUCCUUCUCUGCUUUCAAAAACCCUUUCUGGUCCGAUUCUGGAACCCCCAAAACCCCUGAACCUGAAACUCGACACAAGCUCGGCUCCAAAGAGAUCGGCCUAGGCAUUGUUGAUGCUCUCCGCGACAAUGAUUCCGAUCCCAAUCAGUCAAAACCCGAGACCCGGAUGAUUCUGUUCAGGUCACAGCUAAGGAUUGGGUUCUCACCGUGAGAACCCAGAUCCCAUGAGAACCCACGGGUUCUCCAAGAGGGGGGAAGAGAAGGAAGAAGAAGAAAAAGAAAGGAGGAGGAGGGAAAAGAAGGAAGAACCAGGUAAUCACCAACUAGAAUUGCAGGUUUUGUUUGCACUGAUCUUAACCUCUGAGGAGAGUAAACAAGCUAGAGUAGAAAGGAGAGGAGAGUGAAAAAAAGGCUGGGUAACAAACACCGUGAGUUUGCAUAAUGGAAAUAGUUAGGGUGUAAUAAAAUGUGUAACGGUAG